GCGCUUUCCUGCAGUCGUCCCACGAACGUUGGCGCAAGAGCAGCUACCAGCUCGCGAAUAAGUGAUGUGCCUGCCACGCCCCUUCUAGUCACCGCCCCGGUCCUUGGGAGAAGCAGUAGCAUAUUGAGGAAAAGUGUCGAAAAUAAAUAACUCACAAACUUUAGGUUUUCGCAGCCGUCUAGUAACAUUUGCUUUGUGAAUCAUUUGUGCUAUAAACAAAGUGAAACAGUGCCCAGUGACAUAAUUUGGUGACAGUAACUACUAGUUAUUAAAAAUGCUGAAGCUAUUCAAAAAGUCCAAAGACAAGAUCCCCAAGUCGGAGAUCAUAACCGAGCCGAAGGAGCCCAAAACACCACCAGUCUCCAAGUGCGGAAAACCCCUCCAGCUGGACAACUGUCGAUGGGAGGCAAGUAACCUAGAGCGUAUCUGUGGGAACCCACUGAACUUUGGCCAGCGCCGGCUGCACAAAGAGUUGAUGUCCCUGAUCAAGGAGCCGCCACCGGGCGUUACCGUUGACACUGAGAGCGUACAGCAAAAUUUAUCCGAAUGGAAAAUAAAUAUUAAAGGUUUCGAGGGCACACUUUACGAGGGCGAGGACUUCCAGCUGCUGUUCAAAUUCAACAACAAAUAUCCCUUCGAUUCGCCCGAGGUGACCUUCAUUGGCAGCAACAUACCAGUGCAUCCCCAUGUGUACAGCAAUGGGCACAUCUGCCUAUCCAUUCUGACCGAGGACUGGUCGCCGGCGCUGUCGGUGCAGUCGGUGUGCCUUAGCAUAGCCUCCAUGUUGAGCAGCUGUCGCGAGAAGAAGCGUCCGCCGGAUAACACGCUCUACGUAAAGACCUGCAAUAAAAAUCCCAAAAAGACUAAAUGGUGGUAUCACGACGACUCUGUUUAGUUAGAAAUGCAAUUUAUGACUACUGCCUGCUGAUUUUUGCUUUGCGCAUCCAAAUACACACCCACACGUAUUUGAACACCAAUUGAAACACAGGAGGAGAACAAGUCGAGAGCGAACGCCAAUGCAUCAGGAUUUCGAAGCAAUGGAUAGUUCUCAGGGCGCCAACGCCCAAUUCCAGACCCAAGUGAACUCGGAUGCGGAUGCAACCCGCUGCCGUUGCAGCAAAGCAAAUCAUGUCAACAAAGAAACUAUCAGUAGUGUAUCGCAAACAAUCAUAGCUCCGCCGGGCACUAGCAUGUGGUUGCACGGCCCGCAGCCAUUUCUAAUACUAGCUGUAUGUUCAAUCAUCCAAGGCGUGUGCGAAAAACUAUAUUUAAAUGUUAACAUUUUAAUUAGAUUGUUAAGACCAAAUUUACGUCUAAAUUAAACGUUAUGCUACCUACUAUUAGGCGCUAUCGCUAUCGGCCACCACUGUUCGUCCUGGCUAUAGGUAGUUUCCGCCAGCCGCUGCCUCCACAUUCCAAGAGCAAGCGACUCCGGCUCGAGAAGCGUGAUCCACCCGAGUUUAUGUUAAAUGUGUAUAUUGAUCAUCUAUAUAUGAAAGCAUAGUUUUGAAUUGUAUUAAAGCACUCAUUGUCAUCUGUCCCGCACUCUGUAAUCUUCCCCCAUCGAUCACCCAUAGGCCUUAAGUUAACCAGUUCAUAUGUACUUGGCUAGGAUAAUCCAUCUGUGGCCAAAUCUCGCAUCUGGCACGAGCGCAGAACAUAUUUACCUCUUACUGUGCAAGUAGUAAUUAGAAAGCGGCGAGCUACUCGUCCGAAGUACCAUAUAAUUUAACUAUAACUCUGUGUACUGUAUAAAGAGCCCGAUAAAAUCCAUUGUAUGUUUAUCUAGCAUAUGUACUAUGCCUAUAAUUAUUUACUGUUAAAAGUAUUUAAAAAAUAAACAAAGUCUGUAAUCAAGCAA